AUGGAAGCUUUCUGUGCCAUUCACCCUGCCUACUUCGCGGAUCCACUGAAAGUAGAUUUCAGCACCACCAGGACUAGAAUUACUUUCCCCCAGAAACUCUUUUUCUGUCGAGCGAAGUUUGCUGACUCAGGGAUAGAUGGCUCAUUUAGCUUAAAACUGGUAUCUCCAGCCCUUUUAGCAGCUGAAAAAGAAGAAGCUAGGGCUGUCCUAACCUUGUUCUUGAAGAAACAAGGCCUCAGCCAUACAGUUGCUGCAAGAACCAUAAACAAGUCAGACCUUUUUGUGGAGCACCUGAUCUCUAGGCUUCAUGCUGUUCAUAAAUCCCGGUAUCUAGUAGGACGAGAGCUAACAACUCUUGAGAUUAGGGAGGCUCUAAUCCCUUACCUCGAAUCCCUUCUUGAUGAGCAUGGAGUUUUUCUGGUAGAUUUGGUGGAAAGCUUUCCAAAUGCACCUGUAAAAGAAAAGCCAGUUGCACCAGUUACUAAAUCUCAAUCGUCUGUGGAUUUAAAGAAGCUAAAGGCCAUAUCUCGAGUAAGUGAAAUUGGCCCAGCUGGGAAGCUCCCACCUCACAUUCUCUACCUUUUAGAGCUUGGCAUGGAUCUUGAUCAAAUCAAGGGAAUUGCGCGCAGAUUUCCAUCUUUUGCCUAUUAUAGUUUAGAGGGGAAGAUAAAGCCAAUUGUUGAGUUUCUUCUCGAACUUGGGGUGCCAAAAUCUGAUAUUCCUACAAUCCUUAAUAAGAGGCCUCAGCUGUGCGGAAUCAGUCUAUCUGAAAAUAUCAUACCUACCAUGAAUUUCUUAGAAGAUCUGGGUGUGGACAAGAAACAAUGGGCAAAAGUGAUAUACCGGUUUCCAGCGCUUCUCACUUAUAGUAGGCCGAAGGUGAAGAUGACCAUAGAUUUUCUAUAUGAAAUGGGCCUUUCAGCCGAGCUCAUAGGUAAGGUUUUGACACGCUGCCCAAACAUUAUAAGUUACAGUGUAGAGGACAAGUUACGGCCAACAGCUGAGUACUUUCUCUCAUUGGGGGUGGAUGUUGCUGUUCUGCUCCAUCGUUCUCCCACGCUUUUUGGUCUCAGUAUUGAAGCCAACUUGAAGCCUGUAACAGAAUUUUUCUAUGAGAGGGGAUACAGUAUGGAGGAAGUUGGGAUCAUGCUUUCAAGAUAUGGAGCAUUAUAUACUUUCAGCUUGGCAGAGAAUUUGAUACCAAAAUGGAAGUUCUUUUUGACCAUGGAUUAUUCAAAAUCAGAGUUGGUUAAAUUCCCUCAAUAUUUUGGCUAUAGUUUGGAAGAAAGGAUUAAACCAAGGUAUGCACUAAUGAAGGAAUGUGGGGUGAGGCUGCUGCUGAACCAGUUAUUAUCUCUAUCAACUGGUAACUUUGAUAAGGCUCUCAACAAGAAAAUAAAGAAAUUGUCUGCUGGAAAAGAUCCAAAUAUCAGCAGUGAUGAUCUUACAUCGGAGGUUGAACAAUGA